AUGAAUUACAAAGUGCCCUGCAUUCUCCUGCUAAUAUCUGUCUCACUAUACUACCUACUAUCACCUGCUCCACCAUUGUCAGAUGAGCAACUCACCACUCAUCUUAAGGACAAAGUAGUCCUCAUCUGUGGAGCUAGUAGUGGUAUCGGAGAAGAACUGGCAUAUCAGUUAGCUGGGCAUGGAGCCAAACUAGUUCUGGUAGCAAGAAAUCAAGAUAAGCUAGAUGUGGUAAAGGAAGGAGUGGUAAAGUUGGGAGCAACUGAUGUUCAGACCAUUUCCUUUGAUUUUUCUGAUGUAAAGGGUAGCAGUGGAGUCAUCAAUCAAACCAUAGCCUGGUUCGGAAAACUUGACUAUUUGGUUUCAAAUCACGCUGCUAUGGGAAAUAGUGCUUUCUUAGGGUUUCCUUAUCGACAAGAGCCGGAUUUUAUUGAAAAAAUAUUCCGGGUGAAUUUGUUCAGUCAUAUUGAACUAGCAGUGCAUGCUCUCCCACAUCUUGAAGCAAGUAAGGGACACAUGCUGUUCACUUCUUCGAUGGCAGGAGAAGCACCUUUGUAUCGGAUGUCUAUUUACUGUUCCACUAAACACGGAAUGAAUGGUUUUUUCUACAGUUUACAACAGGAAUUGAUGGCCAGAGAAUCACCUGUGUCCUUAACCAUCGGAUCUGUAGGCUACAUUGCUACUAAGGACUUAAGUCAAAUAGUUGCUGGAGAGGGUAUGACUACUCCGGCAUGGGCUACAGGUGAUGUAAAAGAAUGUGCUAGAGGGAUGAUAGAAUCUUACAUUACAAGACCACCGACCAUGACAUACCCUAAAUUAUAUGUAUAUGUACAUAGAGCUAUGUGGUACAUUCUCCCAGUCUCAUCGUUCCAUAAGACAAUUAUACAAAUCUUCAAACCCCCUGGUACAGUGGGUACUGGCUAUCAAGAAGCACUGGAGUUUGUCAACAAAGGGCGUGAAAUUGCAAAGAAGUUGAAUUUUCAGCAAGGAUACGGUCCCGACGAUGGGAAAUGAUAUCAAAUCUAUUUCCAAGACAGUGCAACCGAUAUUGUUCAGCGGUAGAUCCCAUUUUCCAGCUGUAAUUUGAUUUAAACUGAUGCGCCGUUCCAGAAAC